CGGCGGCAAAAGGCGCUCAACGGAACCCGUCGUCCUUUCCCUUCCCCGGACCCCAGUUCGAGUUCGUGAUCGGAGUUCGGGGCCGUUUGGAUCGUAUCCGUGGAGGAAAGCAUGGCUAGCACAGUAAAAGUCCACAAUGUCUCACUUCAAGCUUCAGAACGAGAUAUCAAGGAGUUCUUUUCCUUUUCCGGUGACAUCGUACAUGUUGAAAUGCAAGGUGCCGACGAGCGGUCUCAGUUUGCCUACAUCACCUUCAAAAGUGACCAAGAAGCUGAGAGGGCUAUGCUUCUGACAGGUGCGACUAUAGUGGACAUGGCUAUCAUCAUCACCCCAGCCACUAAUUACCAGCUACCAGCAGCUGUUUUAGCUGAUUUAGAGUCUAAAACUCCUAGGGCAAUAGAAUCUGCUCUUCAUAAGGCAGAGGAUGUUGUUGGUUCCAUGUUGGCCAUGGGAUUUAUUCUUGGCAAGGACGCCCUAGAAAAGGCAAAGACUUUUGAUGAGACACAUCAGCUCACAUCGACGGCAACUGCUAAAGUGUCUUCCAUUGACAAGAGUCUGGGCCUAAGCGAGAAGAUCAGCACCGGCACCUUAGUGGUAAAUGAGAAAAUGAAGGAAAUGGAUGAGAAGUACCAGGUUGCGGAGAAGACCAAGUCAGCAUUGGUAGCUGCAGAACAGACCGUCUCUACUGCUAGUUCGGCGAUCAUGAGUAACAGAUAUAUCCUUACAGGGACAGCAUGGGUAACUGGUGCCUACAACAAGGUUGCAACAUCUGCCACCGAAACCUACAAGGAAAAGAUGAUGGCCGAUCAGGAUGCUGAACUCUCGAAGAAUCAUUUACAUGAAAGCUCUGAAGAGGCUGGACAAUGCCAGGAAGGUGAUCCAGCCAAGACCCGCGCUCUAGAAAGCACUGAAACGGGACAAAUGGCUGAUCAGGAGGGUGAAUGUCCAAAGACCAGCAUGCCAGAAGAUCCUGAUAUGGGUAAAGGGGAACUGAAAAAUCAGAAUGGUGAAACCGAAAAGGCCCAAGCGCAAGGAAAGACUGAAACGUGUGGCGAGGAGCAUAAGCACCAGGAGGUUGAAUUACCUAAGGCCAACACUCCUGAAAGUGUUCUGAUGGCUGAGCAAACUGAGCAGGAGCACAAGCACCCAGACACUGGAGUUGCAAUCACCCAUAAUCAUGGCAGCCCUGUAACUAUACCUGUCUGCGUGGCCACUGAUGACGGCAAGUCUAGCAGUUCUCCAAAGAAGCCUGAGGCUUCCCAGGGAUUCAUCUGA